UUGGCGGUCCCGUGCACUUUAGGUGGAUGUAUCCCAUUGAACGUUCGAUGGGAGUUUAUAAACAAUAUGUAAGAAAUCGUGCACGUCCUGAAGGUUCAAUCGCAGAAGCUUACGUGGUGAACGAGGCUUUAACCUUUUGCUCAAUGUACCUGCGGGGGGUUGAGACUCGAUUCAAUCGACCUGAGAGGAAUGACGAUCGCGUUGAAUCCCAACCAAAUCGGGAAUAUUCUAUUUAUAAGGCUGUUGGUCGUCCAUUUGGUAAGAAAUCAAAUAUGCUCCUCAAUCCGCAGUUAAAGCAAAAGGCUGAGUGGUAUAUCUUGAACAAUUGUGCCGAAAUUAAGGAGUACCUUAGUGAGCAUAUGGAUGAAUUAAGAAGACGGGGGGGCUUGAAUCUUGAAGUUCAACAAAAAACUGAUUUUCCUCAGUGGUUCAAAGAAAGAGUGAACGGUUUGCAUGAGUCAACACCUACUGAAGUGAAUAAUGAAUUGUAUGCUCUCGCAAACAAAUCAAGCGGCACCGUGUAUUCAUAUCCAGGGAUGAUAGUGAAUGGUGUGAAAUUUGUGACUCGUGGUCGUGAUAUGAAGCUUAAAACACAAAAUUGCGGUGUAAUGGUGCCAAGUGAGGAAGGAGUGAACUACUAUGGAAUAUGCUAUUUGUCUUUGACGGAUAUGGUGUUUGUUUACAAUUUGCAAUUUUUUCUACUUUGUUUUUUGUUGUUGGAUUGUGAUUAUCAGCUAACCCGAAAAGUGGUCCAAAACGUUCACCUAUCCAGUGGAAGCUUGUUAGGAGUUUCACGUGGAGGACCAGGCAUAAGUGAAAUUGUGGACAGCAUGGAGGAAAGAGGAAUCAACAUGCUUUUUGUGCUGGGUGGGAACGGAACUCAUGCUGGGGCAAAUGUAAUUCACAAAGAGUGCUGUAGAAGAGGGGUAAAGGUAGCUGUUGUUGGGGUCCCCAAAACUAUAGACAAUGAUAUUUUGCUGAUGGACAAAACUUUUGGGUUUGACACUGCUGUUGAGGAAGCACAACGAGCCAUUAAUUCAGCUUACAUCGAGGCACAUAGUGCAUACCAUGGUAUAGGAAUUGUAAAGUUGAUGGGUCGUAGCAGUGGAUUUAUUGCUUUGCAUGCAUCCUUGGCUAGUGGACAAUUCGAUAUAUGCUUGAUACCAGAGGUACCUUUCCAUUUACAUGGUCCUUAUGGUGUUUUGCGGCAUCUGAAAUACCUCAUUGAGACAAAAGGAUCAGCAGUGGUCUGUGUUGCUGAGGGAGCAGGGCAGGUUAGUCAUAGUAUAACAUCAGUUUUUCACUAGUUGAAACAUGAUCAACUGAUUGGAACUAGUAUAUUUUUUUUCCUUCUGGAUCUAAAUAUUAUGA